GCGCGCUCGUACAGCGAUUGAAGAGAUCAAGCACACUUCCCGUUAAAUAGACGCAGGGAUCAUCACGGUUUCUUCGUCCACGCUUGUUGCCAAGAGAAAAGCGGCUUCUUUUUCUCGAAGAGAAAGAGGCGAACGGAACCGGCACUUCUAAAGGGCCAUUAACUAUCAAGACAUGGCAGAUCAGGUUAAUCAACCAACUGUUAUUCAGAAAACUGCAGGGCCACUCCAUUUUAGACCCAGGAUUUCUCAAGAUGCACAGGCGCGCAACCGCAGCUUGUAUAGACCUAAUUUAUAUGAAAGACCGUUCAUGACAGCAAACCACAUUUAUGGAGGAUUUCAGAAACCAUCUAUACAUGCCUACACUAGCAGCAACCAGUCACCUGCCUUCACAUCUGUCUCACCGGUUUUUGCUCAUGCUCCUUCGGAAAAAGGGUUUGCAGGCUUUGCAAUUGAUUUCCUUAUGGGGGGAGUUUCUGCUGCAGUUUCCAAAUCUGCUGCAGCGCCUAUUGAACGUGUGAAACUGCUGAUCCAGAACCAAGAUGAGAUGAUCAAGGCUGGUCGUCUCUCCGAACCUUAUAAGGGAAUUACAGAUUGCUUUGGCCGUACAAUUAAAGAUGAAGGUAUUUUGUCUCUAUGGAGAGGAAACACUGCCAAUGUCAUUCGUUACUUUCCCACUCAGGCUUUGAACUUUGCCUUCAAAGACUACUUCAAGAGGAUGUUCAAUUUUAAGAAAGAUAGAGAUGGCUACUGGAAAUGGUUUGGUGGCAAUCUUGCUUCUGGUGGUGCAGCCGGUGCCUGUUCCUUGUUCUUUGUGUACUCUUUGGACUAUGCCCGUACACGUUUAGCAAAUGAUUCCAAGGCUGCAAAGAAAGGUGGAGAGAGGCAAUUCAAUGGUCUGGUUGAUGUUUACAGAAAGACCUUGCAAUCAGACGGCGUUGCUGGACUCUACAGAGGAUUCAAUAUCUCAUGCGUGGGGAUUAUUGUCUACCGUGGUCUUUACUUUGGAAUGUACGACUCUUUGAAGCCAGUGGUUCUUACUGGAAAUCUGCAGGAUAGUUUCUUUGCAAGUUUUGCCCUGGGUUGGCUGAUCACCAAUGGUGCUGGCCUCGCUUCUUAUCCCAUCGACACUGUCCGAAGAAGAAUGAUGAUGACCUCCGGUGAAGCAGUCAAGUACAAGAGCUCUUUGGACGCCUUCUCUCAAAUACUGAAGAACGAGGGCCCCAAGUCCCUGUUCAAGGGUGCCGGCGCCAACAUCCUCCGGGCCGUCGCCGGUGCUGGUGUGCUUGCAGGCUAUGACAAGCUGCAGCUGAUUGUUUUUGGAAAGAAGUACGGCUCCGGUGGCGCUUAAAUUACCAGGCCACAUGCUGCUUUUCUCUCGCAAGCCAUUGGUUGCAUUCCCAAUAAUUUUUUAGUUAGCGGGAGAUUCUCCCUACGAUUUUCUGGAGUUUUGUUCUCCUAACACCUUGAUUAUGGUUGCUUUGAGGAAAUUGCGAUGGUGGCGGAUAAGGCUGCCAUGCAUGACUAUUUUUCUUGGCCGCAUACAAGAGAUUAAACUAUUAUCAAUUAUUCCUACUUUUCCUGGAUAAGUUAUUGUUCAGGAAUGAAUUAAUAAUAAUAGACGUUCUUCCGUCA